AUGCUUUCGGAUUCUGUGGAAACAAGCUGUGAAUAUGAUGCUGCUUUUAAAGCCGCUGUUGACAUAAUACAAAGCUUGCCGAAAAAAGGCGUGAUCAGCAUUUCGGCAAAUCAGAAGUUGCGACUUUAUUCGUUGUUUAAGCAGGCAAUGAAUGGGAAAUGUAAUGUUCCAUGUCCACCGCUUUGGUACGCUGUUGAUCGAAUAAAAUGGCGUGCAUGGGAUGCUCUCGGAUCAAUGGACUCGUUGGAGGCGAAAAAAACUUAUAUCGCCGAAUUGAAGAAUAUUAUCAGCCAUGUACAACAUGAAUAUGAUAUAGCGGAAUUGGCACAAGGAAGCGACGAACGAACAAAAGAGUUAUUGUGCGAAAAACUCUCCGUUCUUGGAUAUGAUAUAAGUGACUUAAAAAUGAGAGGAGAUUUGGAUGAUUUUGGAAAGCAAUCAUGCAAUAUAGAUGGGGAAAGUUACGAAACGAUAACAUACAUGAGUAGUAAUGGCAUUAAUGAACUGUCCGACAGGUGUUCAGAAUCGAGCACCUCUACCGGGGAAUAUGUUGAUGCACUUUGCUGUAGUCAUGAGCCAUGUACUUGCUGCUGGGAACAACCACCUAAUCAAAGGAUGAAUCAUAUCAAUGAUCGUCGUUCUUCCUUUUCUACUUUCGUAUCAGAAAAAUUCAAAAUGGUAAUGCAACGACAUUUGAGAGAAUUCGUUAAUUUACUGAUGUAUCUGAGACGUAUAUUUACUAUGUUCUUAUCGAAUUUUAAAGGGUGCAUUAACAAUCGAUGGAAGUUGGCAGCUUUCACAAUCAUAUUGCCAUCUAUUGUAUAUUUUAUUAUAACUUAUUUGGAAUAG